GAUCGGACUGAUCAUGGCUCUGUCGAGAGCACUCAGAUGUUGUCAAAGGAUUUUUUCCUGGAUUCCAGUCAUCAUAAUUUCAUCUGUGGUUCUCUGGUCCUAUUAUGCGUAUGUCUUUGAAUUGUGCUUUGUUACUCUCAGCAAUAAUCUGGAGAGGGUGACCUAUUUGUUGAUAUUCCAUGUGUGCUUUAUAAUGUUCUGUUGGACAUAUUGGAAGGCCAUCUUUACUCCACCAUCUACACCGACUAAAAAGUUUCACUUGUCAUACACUGAUAAAGAGCGAUAUGAGAUGGAGGAGAGACCAGAGGUUCAGAAGCAGAUUCUUGUUGAUAUCGCCAAGAAACUUCCCAUCUUCACACGUGCUCAGUCAGGAGCUAUCAGGUUCUGUGAUCGUUGUCAGGUGAUAAAGCCGGACCGUUGUCACCACUGUUCCGUCUGUGAAACAUGUGUUUUGAAGAUGGAUCACCACUGUCCAUGGGUAAACAACUGUGUCGGGUUCUCCAACUACAAGUUCUUUCUACUGUUCCUGUCUUACUCCAUGAUCUACUGUGUGUUCAUCGCAUCGACAGUGUUUCAGUAUUUCCUCAAGUUCUGGGUGGGUGAUCUUCCCAACGGGCCAGCCAAAUUCCAUGUGCUUUUCCUGUUGUUUGUGGCUCUCAUGUUUUUUGUUAGUCUCAUGUUCCUGUUUGGAUACCACUGUUGGCUGGUGGCUAAAAACAGAUCAACGUUAGAGGCAUUUUCUCCACCAGUGUUUCAGAACGGGCCUGACAGAAAUGGCUUUAAUGUCGGGCUCAGCAAAAACCUCCGGCAGGUGUUUGGGGAGCAUAAAAAGCUCUGGUUUAUUCCAGUAUUCACAAGCCAAGGGGAUGGCCACUAUUUCCCACUGAGGACCCUGCGUGAAUCCGAGAAUCCAUUGUUGGCCAAUGAGGAGAAAUGGGUGGAGGAUGGUGGAUCAGAUGAAGAAAGUGCAGAUGAAAAUGGAUCUUCACUCCUUAUUAGGACUGAAUCGUAAUCAAUGGAGAGGAUGACUACUCGUGGGACCCUUAAUUCACUUUAGCCUCAAGAGCGGUUUAAGGAAGCUCCAAUCCUUGAACGAAACGCCUGCAUUCCAAAUCCUGGAUCAUUCCAGAACAGCAUGUUUUUAGAGAGCCUAUUAUAUCGGGAACGGUGAGGAUUUUGCUUGUAGUGCCGAUCGUUGUGCUGAAUGUUAACAAAUAUAUUGCGGAGCGUUUAUGAAAAGGAGAGCCACAGGACAAUCGCUGGCAUUUUCAGAUGUCAUGGACCUGUUGGAUUGUGUAUUAUCAUGCUUUGAUGACAACUGACGGACACAUCUAUUAUAAAAUAUCAUAUAUCAAGAUUCAGUUGGAGGUAUUUCUUGCUUUUUUUUUUAUCUGGGAUGAUUGUAUUCAGAUCACGUUUCAACCUCAAAACAAAAGAAAGUAAUUUUGGUGUAUAAUUGGCUUUCCUUUAAAGUUAUAUUUAUAUUUAAAGUUCUUUAUAAAUGUUUUAUACAUUUUUGUGUUAUUUAUUUUCGCUUGUUUUAAUUAAAAACUUGUAUUUAUUAUUAAGAUACACAAUAACAAAGAGCAUAAUAAGGCAUAGAGAAAAACCCGAAAUGAAAACUUAUGAAUCAUUUGGUAAAUAAUGCAGGGAAUAAUAUUAGGUAAAAUAUGUUUCUUGAUUAUUAUGCACUCUGCAGUUCAUUUCACGAGCUGAAUUUUCAUUUUUAGAUAUUUUUUGAUUUGUUUUAAAGUGAAAUGUGACACAGACAUGUUGAAUACAAAUUUCCAGGCCAAUUUUCAGUUGGUAAGAAAUCAACCCUAUGCAUUUAUCCACAGUAAUAAGCAUAUCACUGACUUUGGGGACACUAUUAUUAAUCUUUUUUUCCAUUAUUAUUCCUUAUUGACUUAUUCAGACUGUGGCUGUUUUUCUCAACAGCGUGCGGUCUGGAUUUACAAGCUUUCUUUUGCAUUGUUAUGCAAUAUAAGCAUUUUGAUAGCUCUGUCUGUAUAUAUUUAGCAAGAUACUGCUGGAGGUCAGUAUUGAUUAGGACUUGUAUUGUGUAAAACUUAAUAUAUGAUUCAUGUGUUACCAUAAAACCCAUAAACCCACAAAGCCUUGUGAGGUGCUAGUGCAAAAUAUCCUUUUCUUCUAGUGUUAAAGGAGAUACAAAUGGGAUAGCAGUAUUGUAUUGUAUUGUAAACAGGCAAGUAAUCUUUUUCAAUAUUUCUCUAAGUGGACUUGUUUGAAAGCUUAUUCUGUGUUCGAGUUCAAUUUGUUUCGCCCUCUUCAGAUACUGUAGUCGUAUUCAUACAUGAUUGACAUGCCUGUCUUAUGGUUCUCAUUUAUGAGGAUUCCGAAUCGCCAAUGCUUUUUGUUUCAUUUGCACUGACCCUAAUCUUAGGGUGAUCAUUGCAUUCCUUGACUGUGUUUAAACCCUUUAAUUUAACUCUGUUUACUACGUGUUUGUUGGUGUUGUUUUUUCAAUGGUACAAAUUAUGAAUUGUUUAAAAUUUUGUCUGAUAAUGAAAUAAAAUCUUUGGUAUCCUUG